AUGAUGGAGCUGUCAAAAAGCACGGGAGAAGCUGAUCUCUCUCUCGGCAGGGGAGUUCGGGUAGCAGCAAGCAUCAUCUUUGGAGCAACCUGUCUCAUUGGGAUCCCCGGCAAUUCCAUCGUCAUCUGGGUGAUAUUGUCCAAGAUGAAAAGGCGACCGUCCACCGUUUUGCUCAUCCUCAACCUGGCCAUCGCAGAUCUCGUCGUUCUGCUCACGUUGCCCCCGUGGAUUUACUCCAUCAACAAUGGCUGGACCUUUGGCGAGCCUUCGUGCAAGGUCGUCGCCUACCUGAUCUACUGCAACCUGUACGGCAGUGUGUUCUUCAUCACGCUGAUGAGCGUGGACCGCUUCAUGGCCGUCAUCUAUCCAUUCGCCUCCCAACGCUGGCGGACGGAGAGGUCUGUCUGCAUGGCAGUCCCCGUGGUUUGGGCACUGGCCUUUCUCUUUGCUGUCCCUGUUAUUCUAUUGAUGAAGGUUAAGACCAUAGACGGCCAGCUAACGUGCAAAGACGACAAGUCCGAUUUGAAAGCCCAGCAAAUUACUUCCCUUGCGAUGGAGACAUUCAUUGGGUUUGUGAUUCCUCUCACGGUGCUUGCUGUCUGUUACGCCCACGUCAUUAGAAGGGUGAGUCAAAUGACCUACAAGAGUAAAAACAGGACUGAGAUGCUGAUCGCCAGCAUCGUCAUAGCAUUUGUGAUCUGCUGGCUCCCUUACCACGUGUUCAACGUGUUUAAAUUUGCCUCCCUGAUGGUGAACACGGAUUCGGGUGCAUUUAGAGUACUGGAGAACGUUUCCGAGGUCGGAUCGUACAUAACUGGGGCAAUAGCCUUCUUCAGCAGCGCCAUUAACCCUCUGCUCUAUGCGUUCGCUGCCAAGAGUUUCCGGAACGGCUUUCGGUCUCCGGUGAUGGUAAAAAUCUUUGAGCAAAUGGCUCAGUCCACAAAAGACGAAUACGCCAUGGAGCGCUUUAAAACUACAAAAAUGGGAAGUAUCCAAGAUCUGUAA